AUGGAGUAUUCUCUGAAACUCUUAAUUCUCUUUAUUCUCUCGCUCUCUAUAAUCUCCUUCUCAACAGCCAUUGACGGCCUUGAAACCACAACUUUCACCACAAAUCUCUCUCCGCCACAGCCAUCACCAACGCUACAACAACAACAACAACAAACAAUCACUUCACCACCACCACAAAUUUCCACCUCCGAUCACUUCCACGACCAUUCUUUAUUUUCACACACGACUCUCCUCGAUCCAAUCCUCUCUCACCUCGGCUUCACUCAACUCGCCAUGGCAGCGCCAUCUCUCUCCGCCGAUUCCACCACCACCGCCUGGUCAGGUCCUUCAACUCUUUUCGCUCCAUCCGAUUCCUCUCUACGUACUUGCUUCUCUUGCUCUAUCCCUAGCCUCCUCCGCGAACACAUCGUUCCCGGUCUCUUCACCAUCGAUUACCUCCGUAAACUCUCUUUCGGUACCAAAAUCGAAACCCUAAGUCCCGGCCGUUGUAUAACAGUCACUUCCACUUCACUCAAAAACGACACCGUCACUCCUUCCACCGUCAAACUCUUCAUAGGAGGCGUAGAGAUCACGCAUCCUGAUCUCUUCAACAACGGUCUCUUAAUCAUUCAUGGAAUCCAAGGCUAUAUUGCACCACUCUCUCCAUUCUCCUGCGAUGUUGAGAGAUUGAGCUCUCUUUCUUUUCCUUUUCAAGAGCGCGUAACCCCUCACGUGACCUCAACUACUCAUCAACAGGGUAUCGGUACUCUGGUGCAGCCUGCUAUAAUGCGCCUGAUGUUACGUGACGCAAUGCUUAGGUUACGUAAUAAUGGAUUCACUAUUCUCUCUCUUGCAUUGAGAGUGAAGUAUCCUGAGCUAGUCAAUUUGGCUAACAUGACUGUGUUUGCUCUUGAUGACGUGUCGAUCUUCUCUGGAUCGCAUGGGUAUAUUAACAGUGUGAGGUUUCACAUUGUGCCUAAUCAUUACUUGAGUAUUGCUGAUUUAGAGAGGCUUCCUGUGGGGGCUACUUUGCCUACACUGGAGAGAGGUCAGGCUUUGGUGGUUACUUCUGCUGGUGGAUUCAAUGUGGCGGUGCCGAUGAGGAUUAACUAUGUGAGAGUUAAGUUGCCGGAUGUGAUGAAGAAUUUGAAGAUUGUUGUUCAUUCAGUUUACUUGCCUUUCCCAAGGAUUCAUCCCACUUCUGCUGCUGCUUUUGACGAGUUGAUGGGCGGUGCUGGCGGAGGAGAGAAUGUGGGGGUGCCUCAUGAGGCAGCGGAAGAUGGUGCUUGUUCUGCAGCUUUUGAGGAGGAUGGUAGUUGUGGGAUGCUGCCACCUAUGCCUGCUCAGGUCAAGCCAUCUGUGGUGGUGGAAAGCGAUGAAGAUCACCAUGGCCUCUAG